CAACUCUGCAGGAGCAACUUGCGAAACAAGCAGGUUAGCUAACUAGCUCGACAAACAUGGCAGACAAGCCGCCGAAGCCAUCCGACUCCCCGUUUGCUACCAGGAUAGACCCGGCUAAGGAGGAACUGUCCCGGGAGCAGUUGCACUUCAUCAGGCAGGUGGAGCUGGAGCAGUGGAAGAAGAAGACGCAGACGUUGCGCACGCGGAACGUGGUGACCGGGUUCGCCAUUGGGGCGCUAGUGCUGGGCAUCUACGGCUACACGUUCUACUCUGUCUCCCAAGAGCGCAUCAUGGACGAGUUGGACGAGGAGGCCAAGCGUGCCCGGACGCCAAAGACUGGCGCCAACUGAGGUGUCCAAAGUCCAGAUUCUUCAUGGACACCUCAACCAGCUUUUCUUUGCCCAUCUCAGAGAUAGCACAGGACUCCUAUCAUUGGCAGAGACUUUGCUGAAUGUUUUUGCAACCAUUUUGUGCAAGAUUUGAAGUGACCUUCUGUAGCGGACAAUGCACAGCACUUAAAACAACUCAAAAUGGUUGUAAGGAACUGUAUUUAUGUCAAUAAAGUGAUGUACGGCAGAUGUACGGUAAAAACACACUCGGGUAAUUUUUUUUUAAUGAGUAUUUAUUGAGCUGGGAAAUCCACUAGAGUGAACAUCCAAUGAAACGUCAUAGAAAUACAAAAUAAGACCGUAAAGGCACAGGUGGCAGCAGCUGAAUUGCACAGUUUACUGUACAAAUCUUUGAAUAUAUUAUUUGAACCUUUUUUUUUUUUUUUUCAAUAUCCAGUGUGACUAUUUGCUAAGGCACAUUGACAGCUCGGCCAUUCUCCCUUGUUUUAUUGUAUUAAUAAACGGACAAAGUUUGACCGACAAGAAGUGUGUUAAAUGAAAAUGCUAAAGUGCAUGAGGUGCUUGAUUGAUCUAUUCCAAUAAACUAAAAUGUGUAUA